UUUUCUUGAAGAACUAAAUUUUAAACCACAUUUCGUGUUUAUUAAAAAAAUUAUUCGUAUGUAGCAUCGUUAAGUGCCAGUGGAUGACAGUGUUGCAGUGUUUAGUUAUAAAGGUCAAAUCUAUACAAGGCUCUUAUUUUCUUAUUUUCACAUCGAAAUAAAAAAGCAGUGAAUUAUUACAAUUGUGAUUGGAUUUCCAAGCAACGAAGACAUCAGUAAAUGGAGAUGACGUAUGACAGUGACGUCAUCGCCAGGAUCUGUGAUAAAGUUUUGUGCUAAGUGUUCGUUCGGUGCCGUUUCUGUGUUCGCGAUCGCGUGCCGGUGCCGUGGGGUUUAAAGUGGCGCCACCGCGUGUGCAAUGACUGUUAUAUGGAGGACAUUCUGUGAUACGAGCAAGGAACUCUUGGAUUUAUCGGAGAAGCUGAUUUGCUAAAAGAUGGCACACUAUCCUCAACCAGCCACGCUGGAAGCGGCGCUGCCGCUGCUGGUGCGCCCCGACCCCCGCCUCCGCCAGCAGCUCGGCGAGCGGCUCGCGGCGCUCGUCCGGCGCGAAGAGAUCACGCACGAGAUCGUGGGCCCGUUGCUGGACGCGCUCAUCACGUGGCUCAAUGGUGGAAACUUUAAGGUGGCUCAGAGCGGGUUGGAGGUGAUAAGCGCGAUCGCGGAGCGGAUGGGACACGAGUUCUCGCACUACGUGCCGACUGUGCUACCGCAUAUAAUUGACCGCCUCGCGGACACGAAGGAGGGCGUGCGCGUGGCGGCGCGCACGUGCGUGGCGGCGCUGAGCGACAGCCGCGCCGUGGCGCCGCGCGCGCUGCUGGCGCGCCUGGCGCCCGCGCUGCAGCAUAAGGCGCCGCACGCGCGCGAGGAGGCGCUGCGCUGCGUCGCCUCGCUGCUGCACGAGCACGGCGCGGCCGAGCUGCAGCUGCGCGGCGCCAUCCCGAGCCUGGCGGCGCUGGUGGCGGACCCCAACGGCGCCGUGCGCGAUGCCGCCAUGCAGCUGCUGGUGGACGUCUACCGGCACGUCGGUGAACGUUUGAGACAGGAUCUGAAGAAGAAGGAGCUGGUGCCGGCUCAGAAGCUGGCCAUACUCGAGCAGAAGUUUGACGAGGCGAGAGAGGCGGGAUUGUUGCUGCCCUCUGCAACCCAAGGCACAGACGAAGCGGACUUCGUGUCCCGAACAGUGAAACGAACGAUGACGAUCCCGACCUCCGCGCGCAGUCGCGACGGAGACAGCAGCGGGGCCUCCACGCCAGCGUGCGAGCCGCCGAAGCGGACGGUGGCGGGUCUGUACAGCUUGCCGUCCGCCAGCAGGAAGCCCCCGCCGCCGACCAAGCUCGCCAGCUCCGGCGGCGGCGCCGGCGAGGCGGGCGCGGUGUCGGGCGAGGCGUUCGAGGCGGCGUUCGCCGGCAGCGCGCCGGCCGCCGUGUACGGCGCGCGCGGCCUGGACGACCACUGCCGCCACGCCGCCGCGCUGCUGGGCGACCGCGCCGCCGACUGGGAGAAGCGCGUCGACGCCCUCAAAAAGAUUCGCUCGUUGCUGACGGCGAACGCGCACGUCCAGUUCCCGACGGAGUUCGCGGCGCACCUCAAGGACCUCUCGGUGCCCUUCUUGGUGGUCAUCAAGGAUCUGAGGAGUCAGGUGGUCCGCGAGGCUUGCAUCACCAUCGCUCACAUGGCCAAGGUGCUGAAGAAUAAGCUGGAGCAGUUCAGCUUGUACAUCCUACAGGAGUUGAUCAACCUCAUACAGAACGCUGCCAAGGUGGUGUCGUCGGCGGGCACGGUGUGCGUGCGCUACAUCGUGACGUACGUGCACGCGCCGCGCCUCGUGCCCGUGCUGGCCACCAACCUCACCACCAACAAGAGCAAGGAGAUACGCGCCACGCUCGGGGAGGUGCUGGUGCUGCUGCUGGAGCGCUGGAGCCCCAGUAGUGUGGAGAAGCAGCAAGCGGUCAUGCGCGACGCCAUUAGGCGUGUCUGUGCGGACGCAGACGGCGCCGCCAGGAACUACGGACGCAAAGCGUACUGGGCGUACAAGCGGCACUUCCCGGAGGACGCGGAGGCGCUGUUCUCCCGCCUCGACGUGGCCGCGCAGAAGCAGAUCGAGCGCGAACGGCUCGGCAGCCUCGACAGCCUGCACACCAUCGCCACCGGCAGAACUGUAACGAGCCCGAGGAGCCCGUCGGCGAGCGUCUCAGCCUCAACCGAAAACUUAGUGUCCGGCGUCAGCAGGACCAACUCGUUGAGACGCAGGCGAGCGUCGCAGGAGAGACCUCCCAUCUCGCACAUACCGGUCGCCAUGAGAGAGCGCUCGCCGGGCGGCGCGGCGCGCUCGGUGUCGGCGCUGGACGCGGCGGCGGCGCAGCGCGCGCGCGCGCGGGCGCUCUACUCGCACCUGGCGCGCUCCAAGGUGGCGGCCGGCACCGCCAGUCUGCCCCGAGCUAAAAGGUCUCCAGUGAGCGCGGCCGUCCCUCCGAGUCCCGAGAGAGUAGUGGGCCGCUCCAGGUCUCGCCCGGGUGUGUCACAAUCGCAACCGACAUCCCGUUCAUCAUCCCCAUCGUCCCGGAGCGGGCCCGUGUCGCUGUCCAGCGCCCGCAGGCGGCCCUCGGGGAUCCCCCGCUCGCUGGCCGGCUCCAGGGAGACCAGCCCCACGCGCAGCGGGCGCUCCAGCAGCGUGGCGGGCGCCGUGAGCCUGCGGCGCCGCGAGUCGGUGGAGCGCCCGCAGCGCGCGCCCGCCGCCACGCUGCGCCUGCUGCAGCAGAGCCGCGACGCCGAGGCCGCGCUCCGGAGCCCGGAGGACAGCUCGGCCUGCGAGGUGCGGCGAGACGACGACUCCGAGGCGUCCAGUGUGUGUUCGGAGCGCAGCUUAGACUCUUAUCGCAGACAUGACAGCGUGUCGUGGUCGGGCUCGGGGCGCCUGGGCUGGGAGAGCUCCCCCCCGCCGCCGCCGCCGCCCGACGACAUCAUCGCGCUGUGCGCCUGCACGCACUGGACCGAGCGCAAGGACGGCCUCACGCAUCUCGCCAACUACCUGAACAGCGGUCGUUUGCUGACGGAGGAGCAGCUCCGGCGCCUCACGGAGUUGCUGAACAAGAUGUUCGUAGACGCCCACACGAAGGUGUUCUCGUUGCUGCUGGACGCCGUCUGCGAACUGCUGCUGGUGCAUUGGCAGCAGUUGCGUGACUGGCUCUACCAACUCAUGUUUAGAUUGCUGAUGAAGCUCGGCACAGAUAUCCUAGGUUCCGUACAGAGUAAGAUAAUGAAGACAUUGGACGUCAUACACGAAUGCUUCCCGGCUGAACUCCAACUGCACAAUAUAUUCAGGUUCCUGGCGGACGGCGCGACGGCCCCGACGGCCAAGACCAAGGUGGCCGCGCUGCGGUUCCUGGCCGACCUCGCGCACGACUACUGCACGCCCAGCGGGCUGGCGCUCGCGCUGCACGGCGGCGCGGGCGGCGCGGCGGGGCGCGCGCUGGCCAAGGUGUCGGCGCUGGCGGCGGACGCGCGCGCGGCCGACGUGCGCCACGCCGCGCGCCGCGCGCUCGCCUGCCUGUACGACUGCAACCCCGUGCCCUUCACAGCGCUGAUGUCGGAGCUGCCGGCGGAGACGCAGGCGCUCGUCAACGGAGUGGUGCAGCAGCACGUGCGCCGCACAUCUAGCACAGGCAGCGACAGUCCGCUCCGGACGUCCACCACCAACGCGAACUCGAACAACGCGGAGGACGUGUACUCCCGCAUCAGAAAAACCACCAACGAGAUACACACGUACACAGCACAGCACUCGAACGCGGAGUGCGGCAACCACAUGUCGAGCAAGGACUCCGGCAUCAGCCAGAUGUCGGACGCCACGCUGUCGCGCGGACACAACGGCGCCGCGCCCGCCACCAACGGACACUGCGCCGACAUGAUCGGUCGCGCGGCGUCGGCCGACAGCUCCGAGGAGGCGAGCAGCACCAAGGAGUCUUCACCCACCCCCCACGCUAGGCUCGACUACGGUCACGGUGACUACAGCGCAGGUCACCUGGGCCGGGACAAGGUGAAGCCCUUCGAGGUCGACGAAAAUGGAUUGAUCAUUACCAAAUCUGGCUUGCGCGAGGUAGAGGUGCUAGAGGCGCUGUCGACGUUGGACGUGUCGUCGGCCUCGCCCGAGCUGGUGGAGCGCCUGCUGCUCGCCACGCACGAGGUGCUCAAGUACGGCGACUGUCGCCGUCCGCAGGAGUACUUCAAGAACAUAGUCCGCGUGUCGCUGGCGGCGCUGUCCAUCGAGGAGAACGCGGCCGACAAGGAGAACGCCGACAGCGCGACCAACGCGCAGCAGCCGUCCGGCUGGGGCUCGGCGCACGAGCGUGCGGCGGCGGAGGCCGUGAAGGUGCUGAUCUGGCUGUGCCGGCGCGCCGAGACGCGCCCGCAGUGGCUGGAGUACUUCGACCUGAUCCUGCUGAAGCUCAUCAACGCGUACGGCGCGCUCAGCAAGGAGGUGAUGCGCGCCGUGGACGCCGGCCUGCCGCACGUGGCGGCGGCGCUGCCGGCGGCGCAGGUGCUGGCGCUGCUCAAGCCCGUCAUCCGCACGCGCGGCUACCCCACGUCGCUGUGCGCGCUCAAGCUGGCGGCCGAGGUGGCCAAGGCGCGCUCGGCCGAGCUGUGCGACGACACCGUGGCGCAGCUCAUGGAGGGCGUGGGGCAGCUGGCCGACCACCAGAACUCGGCGGUGCGCAAGGCGGCCGUGUUCUGCAUGGUGGCCUUCACCUUCGCGCUGGGCGAGGAGCGCAUGCAGCCGCACCUCAAGCACCUCUCCGUCAGCAAGUACCGCCUGCUGCAGGUGUACAUCAGCAAGCAGCGCGAGGAGGCGGCCAAGGGCAGCUCGCACUCGUAGCGGCGACCCCGACGCGCCUCGCGCAGCACGCAGACCGACUGACCGCCCCCGCGCCCGCGCCCGCCCCCGCGCCCGCGCCGCUGC